CGACUGUAAUGACCCAGAAACAUACAAAAACGAUUGAUCACGGUCGGCUCCACACGACCCAACAACUAUCGCUCUAUAUAUAUAAACAAGCUGCCAUUUUCACUAUGCUGUAGUGCUUACGUCUCAGAGCAGUCAACCACACCCCGUAUGUCUCGAGAUAUUUUUAGCGCUGAUGAUGUCCGCUGUCAUCUAACGUAACGGAAAGAUCAUCUCGGGAAUCAAGCGCGAGCCAAUCUACAGCGCGUGCUCGCUCUGAGUCCUUUUAUUUACCAUGAAGACGGAAUGGGGUUUUAUUAUAUGGACCGCGAUGCUUCUUCACUUUUCUGUUAUAAAAGGUCAGACGUCAGAUGCACCCCCAGACUUAAGAUCCAACAGCAAUCCUACUGAAGUCAUUCCUAAUGUUCAUGUGACUUCAAAAAUUAUCAUUUUGGAAUCACGACCCAGUUCAGCAUAUCGAAGCAGCUCCUUGCCGCCUUCUCCAAACCCUGAGAUCACAACUACGAUUCCUCCUCCAUCACAAUCAACCAGAGACCCCACAGAGCACAGCAAAAUCUCUACUUCACAGACACCUGCACUGCAAAAUGUCACCACCCUCAUCAUGGAGACAGCCUCAGUACCAGCAGCCACUAAUGGAAGUAGCACACCACGCUCCCCUGAGCAAAGCACAAUUUCAGAAUCAGCAGUCACAGCAGCUCCUGCAUCAUCCAUCAAUCCAAGUGAAAGACCUCAGACGUACUCUCUAACCAGCAGUGUGGUGCAGAAGACGCAAACCACUGUAUCAGUCACUCCCUCCUAUCCAACGGCAUCUCAGUUCGCACUGACCGGGAGUUCAAAGGUCACUGGUCCUGCUCCACUAGAAGACAAUGAUGAACCUUCUGAACUGGAUGUAGGAGAUGAAGAAUCAGGAAAAGUUUCACACCGACAACCCUCCCCACUGGACCCCUUGCUCGCCGCUCUGGUCUCCAUUUUUAUUAUUUGCACUGCCAUGGUCUCAGCAGUCCUCUUCCUCAGGUUCCGUCAGCGGAGUGAGCAUCCAGAGUUUCAUCGGCUUCAAGACCUCCCUAUGGAUGAUCUUCUAGAAGACACACCAUUGUCAAGAUACAGCUAUUAGCAGGACAGAUCUCAGGGCUGCUGGUUUAUUAUUUGGUCACUCAGGCACCCAGUAGAGUCCUGGUUUUAACCGUACAUCCAUUUCCCAAAUUGAUCCACUGUCUCUACUGAUCUAAGAUUGUGUUUAAUGGUUCUCAGGAGUUAGAUGUUAUAUAAUACGUGGCAAACUGCCUUAAUGUUAAAAUUUGGUACAAUAAUAAAAAAAUACAGGUUACAGACACAAAAUUCGUAAAUUGACACAGAUUCAACAUCCCUGGCGAUUGAUAUUGUUUUGAAAGUUGAAAGGCUAAUAUUUUUAGAGCUGUAACAUCAGGAAUAACAAAACUUACUGUUCUUAAAUGCUUUCUGCUUUACUAGAAACUACUGUUGGUCAGUUGCGUAGGAACUUUAUAGACACAAGCAUCCCAGGAAUCAAUAGGAAUGCCUCUGAACUAUUGCACUCUUAUAGCAACGAAAUAGUGUGGUGUGAAUAUAGACUUUUUAAAAAUCCUUAAAUUCAAAACUUGAGUGAAAAGUUGAGGUUAAACUUGAUUUGUGAUCUUGAUAUUUAUGACAAAGUUGAUUGUGUAGACUUCUUAUGAAGGUUAGAAGUAAAAUAACUAGGGAUUCACCGAUACCACUUUUUUGGAUUAAGAGUACGAGUACUUGCAUUUCAGUACUUGCCGAUACCGAUACCGAGUACUUCAUAAAAAACAUGAUUUAAAUUUACAGGUAACAGCUUUAGUCAUAUAAUUUAACAAAAAAACAAGGGACUAGUUUUCCAGUUUGUUGUAAACUCUGCCUCUUUGGACAACACGAGGCAUUAACCCCUUACACGCCGCUCAAACAUAGACAUUUCUCAGACCGUGGUAUCGAUCCCUUGGUAUCGGGGGACUUUUAACGAGUACGAGUACUUUAGAAAAUGUGGUAUCUAGGCCGAUACCCGAUACCACUAUCGGUAUCGGUGCAUCCCUAAAAAUAACUUAAAGGUGGGGUGCACGGUUUUUGAAAAACACUUGUGGCCAAUCAGCAUUAAGGGAUGUGUCUACCAACAUCGUUACCUGGGUUGCAUAUGUGUGGGGCGGGUCUAUCAAAAGAAAGUCCAGAUUCUAUUGGGGUAGGGGUGUGUUUGUUUAGGUGAUUUCAAAUGUCAAAAUUGGCUUUCAGAGAUCUUGCACACCGCCUUUAAAUGUAUUUUAGCAUAUUACUUAUGCCUACUCUGGUAUUUGUGGUAAACCUAGUGCCUAAUGUAUUUUGUGCCAAAAUAGAUUUACAGUGAACUCGCUGAUAAAUAUAUAUUGCGCUGUUGUGUUGUUGAGACUUGUAAAAAGUUUGUAAUAAAAAAUAAACACUU